UGGCGAACAGCGACAAGCGUUGGUCACUUGCUUUGUAAUGCAGAUUAGUCGUUGGCCAACAUUUUGUUGACGUUUGUUGCUGUUGUUCUCAUAAACCAACUUAAUGAAAUCCCAGCGAUCAGACUCUAUUGUAAUUUGCUGUCAAAGAACAGUUGGAGUCGCAUCCUGAAGGAAUGUGGCUGAAAAAGACGAAACGGCACAACGGCUUUCCUCGGAGCGUGUGAAAGUGGUUGUUAUGGUCGGAUAGAUUUACACAUAAAAUUCAAUUAACGCGUUUAGCACCACAUUAGACAUCAAGGCUUGCAGAACAAGAUCAAGAUCGAGGACUUCGGUUUCCUUUUAGAGUUGCCGAUCAAAGCAAACCGGUAAUUUCGUAGGAAUUAUAAUUUAUUUCGCUGGUUACCAAGUGAAACUUGCCACGCACUUAUAAAGUUUCUACGAUCAAGUCCCCGGACCUCGGAUCGAGCAAGCUUGGCUCGUUUCAUUACUCAUCUGGAUGAAAUGAAUCCUUUAAUGCUUUUAUCACGACUAUUGAGAACUGUUUCUUGUGUACAUUUGGUUAAAUUGUAUUGACAUGGCUAAUGAACUCCUCGUGUCAAGCAACAACUCCAUAAAGCGACGUUGUUGAGACCUGAUUGCAAAUAAUUUGCCUUUCCUUUGGCUUUUAUCGGACGAAGUGCAGUUUAACCCUUCACCUAGGAUCAAAACGUUAACAGACGAAGCAGUGUUACUUUGGCUGCAAUGUCUCGCAUGAGGACUGGUUUGAAGCCAAUUGAGCCCACAAGGCGUUCUCCGACAAAGUUUCCCCCAGUAAGAAGUGGAUGGAGAUCUAACUCUCCACCUUUAGCAGGCAGUGCUAGAGAACCAGAGUGGUCCCAUGAUAUGAUUAGAGGGAUUCAGUUAAAGACAGCGACCAAAAGACCCUUGGUAGCAAGUACUUCUCCCAGAAGGACUCCAAACACUGAUGAGAUUAAGACAACACCUACAGUAAAGCAACAAGAGGAAAGAAAAUUUUCCAGCCCACAAGAAAAUGGCAAGGAUAAAGAAAUUGAGAAACUGAAGCUGAAGAUCCUAUCCCUUCAAAAGCUAAUUGAACAGCUAAGAACUGAAAUCAACGAGAAAGCCAACACAAUAACGGAACUGGAGGAGAAACUCAAAGUACAGGUAGCAGAAUUUGAAGAGCAGAUUAAGAAAUUGAAAGCAAUCAUCAGUGAAAGAGAGAAAGAAAUAGAGGAAAAGAAGACGAUUGUGAAAAACAAAGAUGUAGAAAUCAGUGAAUUGAAAGACAGCUUUGAAAACGAAAAAGAAAAGAUGAAAAAAGAGUUUGAUCACGAAUUGGAGGAGUUAAAAGCUCAGCAUCUCAAGGAACUCACAGACCGUGAUGGUAAGAUGAAAGUCUUGAAGAUGCAUAUGGCUGAUGCUCUUAAGGAUAAUUCAAGGGAGAGGCAGCUGCAACUUGAGGAGCUAACCAAGGAGCUCAAAAGAGUAACAGAAGAAACAGAUGUGUUGAAACACAAAUUACAAUCCAUGAAAUCAUCAAAUCAGGGCAAGUGUCCAAAUUGCUUUGUAAUGGAGAAACAACUCCAAUCAAAAAUUGUUGAACUUAGAGACAAAGAAGUUGUAACUAUUGAAAUGCAGCAGUUGUGUGCAAAAAUGGAAAAACAGCUUGUCCAACAGGAUGAGCUUCUACGGCAAUGGGCCAAGAAUAAAGGAAAGCCAGUUAGGUGAUAAAGCAGGUGACAUGUUUUGAUGUAUACAUAGUUGACAACGAUCAGGAACAUUUCUUCAUCCAUAAAAAUUGUAUUACUCUUGAAGUCAAUUUAUUAGAAAUACAGCCAAUUUUGCAACAAGGAUAAAAUUAACAAGUAUUAUCAAUGUUCAAUUAAAUUAUUGUAAUGCAUUGCUGAAUGAUGGGAAGUGACUGUAAUGCUUAGUUAACAACAACUCGCUCUCUAAUAAUAUUGUAUGGACAAAAACUAACAAGACAAAUCUGGCAGUAAAUGGGACCAUGGGCACUGGGUACUCCCUGGGAUAGCAACGAGAGUGGGUGGUAGCGACACACCUUGGACAGGUAAUUGGGUGGUUAGCGGACACACCCUGCAAACAAAGUGGGGUGGUUAGCGGACUCAAACCCCAAAGCAUAAACACAACAUGGGGUGGUUAGCAGACACAAACCCCAAAACAGAAACUUGGGUAAGAUUGUUCAUCGUUUAGCAAAACAAAAGGUUUCUUUUGUUUUUCGUUCAACUAAAGAUCUCCAAAAGAUACCCUUGGAA